CAGGACGGUAUACAAUAUCGAGCCAGAAGAAGACGACACACUGCUAUUGCCCGCAAGAUCGACAGAACAACCCCAGAUAAAGUUACGGCAGACACGAUGGUGCACGCGACGUCGUUUGGAAAGCGCGCUCUCUCGCUGGUGUAGAAGACCACGCAGAGUCGCCCGCUGCCUCCGCCCGCUACGCAACUGCAAUUGCCCGCCGGCGAUGCGCUGGGAAAUAUCGGAUUCCACUUCAUCAUGGCCGCCGAAGACGCCUCGCCGUCGCUCGAAAGCAGCCAACUCCUCUCCCCGCCCGCCCUCGAGUCGACCUUCCUCGACUCCCCGCUAGCCCAACGCGCCGCCGCCCACAAUGCGGCCCCGAAUGCGCAAAUCCAUAUCAAUGGGGGCAGUAACACCCCCUCCGACCUGGAUCGCAGCUCCCUCUCGCGCCUGUCGCUGAUGGACCGCAUGCCGUCCAUGUCGACGGUGCACACUGCAUCCACCAACAACACCAUGCUGCCCGAAGAAUUGGCCGCAGCCAACGAUCCUCGCACCCCUCGCGCGUUGUCGCCGGAGCAGAAACGAUACCGCGAGUAUGAAGAAGACCUCGACAAUGCUCUCGACACAGCCGUCAUCCGCAGAGUCAAAUCAAUACAGGUUCCCGAGACCGUAGCACGCGACUUCCGCCUCAAAACACGCGACUUAUCCCCCGAUCGACGACCUGCAUCUUCUGGAGGCUAUGGCGAAGCCCGUCUGAAUGCGCGACCACGUAGAACGCUCACGCUGAAGGAGCAGAACGCUAAGAUCGAUGCUCUCACCAAGGAGAACUUUGAUCUGAAACUCAAAAUCCAUUUCCUAGACCAGGCGUUACAGAACCGCAGCGAGGAUGGCAUUCGAGAACUCGUCGAGACCAAUGUGCAGCUGCAGACAGAUCUUGCAAGUGAGCGCAAGGAAAAUGCGAGCAUGCGCAAGAAGAUGCGUGACAUGGAAAUGCGCAUGAAACAGCAGGAGGAAGCUCUGGCAGAAGCACAAUCACAGCGCAAAAGCACGGUACGAGAUGAUGAGGAUGACAAUCCGACUCUGCAAGCGCAAAUGCACGAGGAGAUCUUGUAUCUGCACCAGCAAAAUGAUCGCCUGGAAGAGCAAGUCACCACGCUGCGAGAGGAAAUCAUGGACAAAGAGCUUGAGAAGCGCAAGAUGGCAGAGCACAUGCGCGGAAUGGCCGGCAAACGUGGUCAAGAUGCGAAUGGCAUGAAAGAAAUGGAAGACAUGUGGCAGGACCUACUCAAUGCGGAGACUGGUCGCCGUGAGCAAGCUGAGGAUGAGCUCAGUGCUUUGAGGGCCGAGCUCACAAAGCUACAAAUGGAGAAAGCCUCUCCUUCGGCUAGUCGCAUGGUGGAUCGCAACCUCAAGACUCCUCGGCGCCGCAGUCGUGCCCCACCAGCUGACGAGGCAGAGUCAGCCGCCGAAGAAGACAUGGUAAAUGGUGUUGAGAGCGGACAGAACGAUCUCAUCGAGCAACUCAAGCAUGAGAAUGACGAACUACGCCGCAGCCUUGGAGCACAGACAAGCAUGUUAACAUCUCGUAAUCGCGAACGUGAGCGAUUGCAAGAGGAAAUCGAAAGCUUGAAGCUUUUGCAACGGAAGGGCGACGGGAGAUCAGUGGCAGGUGAAAGCAUAUUCGAGCGAUCCAUUUCUCGCGCCCACCAGAGAGCGCAGUCGCGGCAGAGCGAUCACACAGCAGUGACCGAAGCCGAACGAGACGAUUGGCACAAAAAGGAAGGCGAACUGCGGGACGCCAACGCGGAACAGAGACUAAAAUAUCAAGAGCUCGACCGCAAGUAUAACCAAUAUCUGAAUUACAUCCAAGUGCUGGAGAGCGACUAUCAGCAGAUGGAAACGGAGCUCGAAGAACAGCAGCAAGAUAUCAAGAAUCUACAGCAGGAGCGAGAUGAGUUACUUGCCUUUGGUGAAGACAAAGAGCAGGAACUCGCAAAUCUUAAGGAGGAAGCUCUGGAAGAGAUCAAUGCGCUCGACCAGGAGCGAGAGAAGUUAGAGAAGAACCUGGAAGACACAUAUAACAAGCUCGAGAAGACACAGUCGAAGCUACAGACCACGACAGAGGGGUACCAGGGCUUACAGGCCGAGUUGCGCGACAUCACAGCGCGAGUCAUCGACCUGGACGAUGUCAAGACGCAUAACAUGCGCACGAUCGAGACCCUCGAGCAACAGAUCGCGGAGGCGGAAGAAGAAAUCACGAAAUGGGAGCAAAAGUGCAAUGAGCUCGAUCAAAAGAACCGCAAGCUCGAGAUUACCGAGGAAAGUCUGCACUCGGAGAUCACAUUCCUCAGAGAAGAGCAAGAGGGUGACAAGAUCAAGAUUGGCGAGUUGGAAGGUUCACUCAAUGCGGCACAUGCAACCAUCCAAGACGAGCAGGAGAAACUGCGCGAACUGACUGAAAGCAUGGAGGAGGAACGCCGACAACGCGACACCCUCGAGAACAAAUCUAAGGAAGAGGUUCAGAAGGUGCUCGAUGACCUCAAUGCCGAGAACACGAGAGCCAAAGACGAGAUUCGAAGGCUCAGAAGAGCGCUUUCGGCGAAGGAGGUUGAGUUCAGUAGCGAGAAGUCCAAGCUCGAGCAGCUGGAGCAGAGUCUGCGCAGCCUUCUUGGCGACCCAGAAGGCACGCGUCAGAGCCUGCUGGGCGACAUCGAAAAGCUGCAACGCGAGCUGGAGACGACAAUCAACACGCUGGACAAGGCGAAGAUGGAUCUCUCGGACAAGGAUAGACUUCUUCGUCACCGUGACGGUCUACUUGAAAGCACCAGUCUGGAGUCUAGAAGACUGUCAGACCUGCUUGAGAAGGAACGCAACCAGCGCAAGCAUGACUUGGAGUCGUUCGAGAAGUCUUCGCGCGGACAGGCAACACACAUGCGUACUAUCGCGCAGCAGGAGUCCAAGAUGCUGGAGCUUGAGACGCUCUACAACCAAGAUAAGCGGAAGAUGUCUGCGCUUGAACAGAAGUAUCGCGAGCAGAUGCACGAACGAAAUAACCUUCUCCUGGCUCUGUGGAACCGGCUGUCCACAUUGUGCGGCGCGGACUUCGCUCAGCGUCACAGCCUGGUCAAUGGCGAGGUGCCAUCUGUCGAGUCUAUUCACAAAAAUCUCCCAGCGUUCAACAAGAACGUCAUUAGUGCCGUCAAGACCAUUGAAGCGGUCAUUGGUGGCUUCAAACAGCGCAUCAGGACAAUCGAGAAAGAUCUGUGGAAAGACUACCAGACUCUCGAACACAACUUGGAGCUGCGGGCUCGCCGUAUGGACCACCUCGAAAGAGCUGUGAUUGAGGCUCAACAACAGUUCGAGGAACAGCAGCGUAUUGCAGCGCAAGAAGCCGCCUCCCGUCCAGAGAUGCCGCAACGAGGCAAGUCCUACUCUGCAAAGAGCAGUGAGGAAAUCAGCAGACUCAAAUCGGAGCUGAAGCUCCUUAAGACGGAGCUGAAAUUCCACCGGCAACACCCAAGCGCCAUGGCGCAGCAAAUGCUUAAUGCACACAAUCAAGCCCUCUCCGGCGAGCCGCUCCACUCUCGUACCGCCUCCAGCGCUGGUAGUAUCAGCGGCGUCGGUAAAAGUCCUGCUCGACAAGCACUUUCCCAUCUCCUUCGUCACAACUCCACCUCGGCUGUUGAACAGUUGUCGUACAUGUCACGACACAGCGAGGAGAAUCAACAGCCUUCACCUACGCGUCAGCAGAUCAUCGUUCCGCCACCAGCCGCUCCUGCUCCGAAUGAGACUAGAUGGGUUCAUCGGUUGAAGGAGUUGGAAAGGAGACUGAAGGCUGAGCGCGAGGCGAGGCUGCUGGACCGCCAAGGGGCAAGAAAGAGACUGGAAGAGGGAAGAUUGGAGAACGAGGAGUUAAAAGCAAUGUUGGAGAGAGAAAGAGCAAACAAUGGAAGCCGACUGGAGGGAGAGAUGGAGAGGAGUGCGUCUGUCGUUGAGGAUAGGGUCCCGGAGGAGUUCGAGGAGGAGAUGGCGGGACGGGAGGUGUAGACUUGGGGGGAAGAGGUGGCUGAUGGAAGGAAAGAAAACACAAGUGAAGUAUCAUUAUUGCGCGUUCGUUGCUCUGAUGAAUCAUGAAGGGUGGGAUGACAUUCGGCGUUGGGUACUCUGUUUGCUUUGGGUGCUGGAGCGAAAGAUUGGUUGAAGUUGUAUUAUUACUACUGACGGCUGCCUGCUACCUUCACUUCCUGCACUGUUGUAUAAUCAAACGAAUGGAUAUGAGUGUGGCACA